AUGUCUUCCGCCGCUGCCACGUCACGCUCGCCGACCCGCCAAGGAGGAGACGCCGGCUCAGACGACGAAGAUGCGCGCGAGUUCGUUCCGGUCAAGUGGACGGAUAUGCCGGAGUACAUCACAACAGUCGAGCAGGAGAUAGUUGGCUUAAUGGGAGGGCCUUCUGUGACAGAGGAGCAGGAUAAAAAAAUCGACGACAAAACGCGGGACCAAUUCAGAGUCAAAGUGGGUUUGUUUGGGCAUAACAUCGUCCACCACUUCACGGAGGGCCGGUACUUUGCGGUGUCCCGGUUCCUUGCAUCAGCCUUGACUGAGCUAGCCCACGCCAACCAACACGGCAUUCCGAUCGAAUUCUCCUGGGUUUCUGAAAUUGACGAGCGCAUUGCGCACCACUGGCUUCUUUUCCCCCCUAAUCACCCGCGGCACCACUUCCACCUCCAGAUGCGCGAGCACCAGGAAGCAGCGGAGAAGAGAGCAACAGCCAAGCGCGGUGCGAAGAUCCUCGAGGAGAGCGAAGCGCGGAAGGAGGCUACCCGGGCUGCCCAGGAAAAGAAGACUGGCCUCAAGGGUCCGAAAGGUGCGCCGCCUGGAAAGCGGUUCAGGGAGCUCGACGGUGACUCCAACGAGGAGGAUGGCGGUGAGGUGGAUCAGCUGGAUGACGACCACGACGAGGAGAUGGUGAGGAAGACGCUGCAGCUGAAGAAGGGGAAGGGUAAGGCGCGCGAGGUCCCACCAACGCCACCAGCCAACGAAGAUGAAGGUCCGAGUGGAGGGAACCCUGCGGCGAUUCAGGAAGGUGGCCAGGAUGUGGACAACGAGGAGGAGGAGGAGCAGGAGGAGCAGGAGGAGCAGGAGGAAGGAAAAUCGAAGGGCAUUCUGAAGAACAAGCAGAAGCCCAUGCCGAAGAAGACGAAGGCAAAGCCUGCACGGGAGGGCUGGGUGAUGCCAACAACCCGCGCAUCCCGCAGACCGGAGCUCACGAGACCGAGCGAGUGGCCGUGCACAGCGUGCAAAGGCAACGUCCGCUGCACCAUUUCCACAGUCACGAAGAAGCCCGCCAAGGGCAAGGGAAGGGGCAAGGUCAAGCGGCCCGCCUGCGACUGGUGCUUCUUCAAGAAGCGCAAAUGCGUGCCCAUUGACCCGGGCGCGCCAGGUCUCGCGGCGGACGAUGAAGACAAGGACGACGAGGAGGCGGACGAAGAGGAACAACGUGGACGGCGCCGGGGCAGGUCGCCGCCCGGAGAACGACGCGAACGCAACGAGGGCGGAGCCGCGGGCCCGUCCGGUACUCGCAAAAGCAGCCGCGCGCGCCGCACCCCAAGCCGAGGCCCGGAGACAAUCACGAAGCAGCCGGAGCCGUCGCGCGCGCAGUCAAGGUCUCGCGGACCGGCACCUCCCUCCAAGCGAGCACGCUCAAAGUCAGCCUCUCGUGCACCGUCGCCUCCGGCAAAGCGACACCGAGCAAAGUCCAAAACCCCGGGGGCUGCUCCCGAGGAUGCGGUGCAGUCGCAGCCGAGCAGUGCAACGCCGAAUGUCCAGACGCAGGCCCUUGCUCCCGAUAUCAGUCGCUUCUACCCCAUUGUGCCCGGGCAAGCAGGACUCGCGAACCCAGUCGCACCGGCCAACCCCGGGGAGCUUGCAGGACAGGUGUCGGAACUCCAACGUUGCAACGGGGCACUGGCGCAACGUCUUGGUGCAGCAGAGCACCGGAGCCUCAGGCUGCACGAGAGGGUCGAGACCUUGGAGGACAUCGCUUUCAUCUUCCACCGGUUCAAUACCGCCGACGUCCAGCCGAGGCUCCCAGAGCUUCGGAUGGUCAACCUGAGGCAGGACCAUCUGGCCUGCCCGCACCGCAGCUCCCCGCGUCAGGACGUCCCGGUCCCGCGCUCUGGCCUCAUCAUGCAGCCAGGCAAUCAAAGCACUGAGCCACUGACCGACGACCCCACAAAUGUCGGGCCGAACGCUGAGGGUGCUUCGACGCGCAACGAGCAUGAUCACCCUGCCACGACUCUGGCUACUCAUGCAGCGUCCGGAAACGAUGGUGCGCCACCUGUCGCGGAACCAUCGAACAUGGAUGCUGUUGGAGAGCCGGACACGGACAUUGUGAUGGCGGGUGCGGAGCAGGAUAUCAUACCGGACUCGCAGGAGGUCCCGGUGCACCCGGAGCAGGAGCCGGCACAGGUGAAGUCCACAGGCAAUGGCUCAUCUGCGUCUGUGGAGACAGACACUGUCCGCCAGGACGUUGAGAUGAAGGAUGCACAGGAAGAUAGCCAGCAUUCACAGGUCCCCGCCGCAGCGCCCACGCCCUCGGAGCACGCCCAGGUGAACUCCAGGGGACAGAGUCCGUCCGAACGUCACAACGAGCAACAGGCUGGGCCGGUCCUUGAGCCGACGCCCGGAGGGAGAGACGUCAAUAGACGGUCUCCCUCUCCUCCCGGCCAUGCUGAUGUGCCAACGUCGGAGCCUCCUCAACUGUUCGAGGGCUCCGUCACGCCUGCACAGCAACUCGACCCUGCGGGCAAAUCAUCUGAGAGCGCUGGGGAAUUGUCAACAGGCAUACCUGCGACGGUCGAGUCCGGGAUGAACCCAUCCACGCAUAUCGGUGAGGCAGCGUCAGCGCAGCUUGUGACGGAGCAGUCAAAUAAACCGCUCGCAGCCACGCCGAAUGGUUCGGAAGACCCCCCACUGAACGUUGCGCAGAUGGGAUUGCAGCAGGCUGUAGCGGGUGGUGAUGGUCGCCAAACGGGUCACUCGGGUGCGCUGGACCCAGGCAUGGAUACCGCCGGACAGCCAACAGAGAGCCGUAAUGUCCGCUUCGCGUAA